GCGCCCUCUUUCCCAUUUCCGACAGCCUAAGCUGCUAAAGUGUUUUCUUGCACGUGGUGCUUUAAAAACUAAAAAAUUAAUAAAUAAACAUGGAUAAAUCCGUUGUUCGAGCUCGCGUCAUUAAAGUUUUGGGUCGUACCGGUUCCCAGGGGCAAUGUACGCAGGUAAAAGUUGAGUUCUUGGGGGAACAAAACCGACAGAUUAUCCGUAACGUGAAGGGCCCCGUUCGAGAAGGAGACAUUUUAACGCUUUUGGAAUCUGAACGUGAAGCCAGAAGAUUAAGAUAAUUAGGUUAAAGUUUUUGCUAAAAACAAGAAUGAAAAAGUUUACUGUGGGGAUUAUUACACAUUAAUGCGUUUAAAUAAAUAAAACUACAUUAAUUUUACAUGUAACAACUUUUAUUAUUAAUAAAUUAUGUUCUCGCAGUA